GCGCACCAGUAGCGCUCUAACGUGAAGAUCUACUGUGGCUGCCGCGGGAUUUGUUCUGUGACCUGCAAGGAUCUGGCGGCUGAAUUUUGAAAUAGGGUAUUGCUAUGUGGCCCGUGCUGACCUCAGAUUUUGGCAAUCCUGAGUGCUGCUGGGAUUAUAGGACUGAACCCACACACCUGGAUCCAGUUUGAGCUUUCUUUCCUAGUAUUUCAUCUAGUUAAAGUGACAGGCUAGAAAACAAGCUUUAGAAAAGGAAGCCGUACAAAUAAGCUGUAUCCACCACCCAGUAGCGACAGCCGGCUUUGAUGUUUUAUUGCUUACGCUGACAUCUGUAGAAGGCACAGAUGGAGAGCAAACAUGAAUGUUGGAGUUGCCCACAGUGAGGUAAACCCCAAUACUCGUGUAAUGAGCAGUCGUGGUAUGUGGCUGACUUAUGCUUUGGGAGUUGGCCUGCUUCAUAUUGUAUUACUCAGCAUCCCCUUCUGCAGUGUUGCUGUUGCCUGGACCUUAACAAACAUAAUACAUAAUCUGGGAAUGUAUGUGUUUUUGCAUGCAGUCAAAGGAACGCCUUUCGAGACUCCUGAUCAGGGUAGAGCAAGGCUCCUAACUCACUGGGAACAGCUCGACUACGGAGUACAGUUUACAUCUUCUCGGAAGUUUUUCACAAUUUCUCCAAUAAUCCUGUACUUUCUGGCAAGUUUCUAUACGAAGUAUGAUCCAACUCACUUCAUCCUAAACACAGCUUCUCUCCUGAGUGUACUUAUUCCCAAAAUGCCACAGCUGCAUGGUGUUCGGAUCUUUGGAAUUAAUAAGUAUUGAAAUAUUUCUGCAACUGAAGAGAACUGUUUAGCGCUACUGGGUUUCCUGUAACGAAAGAGUAGUUAAUGAACUGCACUGUUUCUGUGAUAAUGUGAAAUAAGAGGUAUUUACAUCAGAGGGCCAAGUACUGCUUCUUCAUAAGCUCUCUUGACGUGCUCUACUUAAGGAUGCCUCUGUCUAAUGACUUGGUAUAUUUCUGAGAGAGACUUUGCAGGCAGGCUGGGCAGGCCCAGCUUAUAAGUUCAUGGUAGUAUGAUAAGGGUACAGAAACUAAAUCCGAGGAAAUGUGGAAUUUGUAAGAAACCAGGUCCAGCUUACAGUGAGCGGGCAUUAUGUUAGGGAAAGAACAUUCCAAUCAUUCGUUCAUAGUCAAUUUAAGCAGACUUCUAGAAAGCAGAAUCGCCUAUACACAUAUUUUUAUUACUUUACACAGUCUACUUUGACAUACAGCCUCUUGUUUUGUACAAGCCCCUUCCUCUUGGGUUUCUGGCUUAGUAUUAUGCAUUGAUAAAUGAGGUAAUGUUUGCAUUUAUUACAUUCCAGGGUUCGUGAGGGUUUAUCUUCAUUUCUUACUCUAAGAGAAGAAGAUAGGCAGGCCUCCUAACAGUCGAGGCUCUGAGUCAACGUGCUCGUUUUGGAACAAAGUGGGUUUUACUGCUUUUCCAGAAGCAAAGCUGCUAAACCAAUUAAGAGAUUAACUUAUUUCAAGUACUUCAGGUCUUGAGUAGCUGAAAAGUAUUGUUUAGUUGGUUGUGCAAAUUGGUUGAGUCUAUCAUUCUUUAGAAAAGGAAAUGCAAGAUGGGGCCAGCUGAUGCGGGCAGACCUAAAUAAUGAAUUCUUUGUCAGCAGAUUGGAAGUAACAGAUAACAUUCAGCCUCUUGCUCUCUGUCCCCACAGUUUGGUUUACCCAUUAACAUUUCCUUUAACUGUGAGAGUCAGUGUAGACAACCCAAAAUGGUACCUAUAUUCACAGCAACAACUCUAUUGAAUUCUUGUGACUUAGGGAACCUUCUUAUACUUGCUAGCAUUAAUUGUAUAAAGAGAAGUAAAUGCCUUUCUAAAAUGAAAAACUCCUAAGACUGAAGACAGUUGUAGAUCAACUUAUAAAUCAAUUGUGGCAAUAAACAGACUUAAGAUCAUUGUUUCAUAUUUCAAAAGUACUGAAUUUAGAAAUCAGUUGUUUGAUACUGCCUUUGUAUGUUUGUCUUUUCUUGUGUAUCUUUAAAUAACUGGUAAUUGACGCUUUAAUAAAAAGUUUUCCUUGGUGUAAGAUUA